AUGCGUAUCCUCCCGACAUUGAGCGCCCUCAUGCUGGCCGGCGCGGCCACCACCGCCGCCCAAAACAACAGCUUCUGCACCCCCUCGUCUGGCGACGUCCAGGUAGCCCAGUAUGUCUGGGCCCUCGAAUGGUUCGUCCAGCAAUACUACGCCUCCGUCCCGGUCAACCAGACCUUCCUCAGCUCGGCGCUGAACAGCUCCAACGCAAACUACGUCUCCAACCUGCAGGGCAUCGACCAGCAGAACCGCCUCGGCGUCCGCGCCGCGCAGCAACUUGGCAAGAGAACCAGCAACUUCACCGCACCAGGCUGCAACUUCACCUUCCCCGCCGCAAACAGCAGCGAGGUCUUCCUCACCACCGCCCAGGCGUACGAGUCCAACGUCUCCGCCGCCCUCGUCGGGCUCGCGGGCUACACCCAGGCCCCCGAGGUCUCCUUCCUGAUCGCCCGUCUGGCCGCCCAGCACGCCGGUCACGCCGCAUACCUAGCGACCACCCAGGAGGCCGUCGUCUUCGAGAGCAAUGUUACUUCGCUGGUGCGCGCCUACGACCCCAACUACGUGCUCUCCAACGGCACCCAACCCGGCCAGCUUGGCCGCUUCUUCAAGGGAUGCGUCUCGGCGCCUCAGCCCCCCUGCGGUAAUCUUACCAUCGGGCCAUUGAUUGCUACCCCUGGUAGCAACUCCUCGUCGAGCUCGGGAUCUUCCUCGUCGACCGCCUCGUCUAGCUCCGCUUCUGGUACUGCCACUAUUAUGGGGUCUAGCAGGAGAAACUUCUGGUAA